AAAUCAAUUGUUCAUAUACAGCACCUGACUUCCCAAGUCUAUGAAGAAAAGCAAAGCAGAAAACAAGAAGUUGGAAUAUCCUUUAAUCCAACACCACAAACCGAGCGAUCUGUGCCGUGGUGCGGGCCCCUGGCUAGCACUGUCCGUGAAGACUCUCUCAUUCAAUGAAGCCCAAGUCUCCCUUGGAUAAUUCAGCAUAGAAAAUUCAACGAUACAGAUAUUGUCACUGUCCGAUCAAAUGCAUGAAGAGGACAAAUUAAAUUGUAUAUAAGAGACAGCUUGCUUGCUUUUGUAUUCGGUCAAGUAGGAGCGCUAUGAAGAUGAGGCAAAUGUGGGUGUGCAUGCUGCUCAUGGCACUGGCCUUCGUCAACGAGCGGUGCCAUUGUUGUCUGGAGGAAGAGAGAAUUAGUCUCUUAGAGAUAAAAGCUUGGUUCAGUCAUGCAGGUGCUGGGUCCCAUGAGCUAGAAGGUUGGGAUAAAGGGCAUUUUAAUUGCUGUAACUGGGAUAUGGUUGUGUGUGACAACACCACAAACCGAGUGAUCAAACUAUAUCUUUCUUUCGUAAAUUCUGAUGCAGUCGAAGACUUGGAUCUCAAUGCGUCUUUGUUUCUGCCUUUCAAAGAACUGGAGAAUCUCGACUUAAGCGGCAACCAAUUAGUUGGUGGCUUAAAGAAUCAAGGUUUUCAAGUACUAGCUUCAGGGUUGAGGAAUUUGAAGGAACUUUAUCUAAAUGACAAUAAAUUUAACGACAGCAUUUUAACAUCUCUCAGUGGUUUUUCAACUCUCAAAUCUCUAUAUCUAUCAAACAAUAGGUUCACAGUAACAAUUGAUCUCAAAGGUUUUCAAGUGCUAGCUUCAGGGUUGAGGAAUUUGGAGCAACUUGAUCUAAGUUACAAUAAAUUGAACGACAGCGUUUUAUCAUCUCUCAGUGGAUUUUCAACUCUCAAAUUUCUAGAUCUAUCAAACAAUAGGUUCACAGGAUCAACUGGUCUCAAUGGUUUAAGGAAAUUAGAAACCUUGUAUCUGGAUUCAACUGACUUCAAGGAAAGCAUUUUGAUAGAGUCAUUGGGAGCGUUGCCAUCCCUCAAGACCUUACAUGCACGUUAUAGUAGAUUUACACACUUUGGAAAAGGCUGGUGUGAACUGAAGAAUCUUGAACAUCUAUUUCUCUCAGGAAACAAUCUAAAGGGCGUACUCCCUCCUUGUUUUGGAAAUCUAUCAUCUCUACAAAUCUUGGAUUUAUCUUACAACCAAUUGGAGGGAAAUAUUGCAUUUAGUCACAUUUCCCAUCUUACGCAGCUUGAAUACCUCUCAGUUUCAAAUAACUACUUUCAAGUCCCAAUAUCAUUUGGUUCAUUUAUGAACCACUCCAACCUCAAGUUCUUUGAAUGCGAUAACAAUGAGCUAAUAGCUGCACCUAGUUUUCAGCCUUUAGUUCCAAAGUUCCGGCUUCGUGUUUUUAGUGCUUCAAACUGUACUCCAAAACCACUCGAGGCUGGAUUUCCAAACUUCCUCCAGAGCCAAUAUGAUUUGGUGUUUGUUGAUCUAUCCCACAACAAAUUCGUUGGAGAACCUUUCCCAUCUUGGCUGUUUGAGAAUAAUACAAAGUUAAAUCGACUAUAUUUGAGAGACACCUCAUUUAUAGGUCCUUUGCAGCUGCCACAACAUCCAACACCCAACCUUCAGACAGUAGAUAUGUCUGGCAACAGCAUACAUGGUCAACUUGCAAGGAACAUAUGUUCGAUUUUUCCACGUUUGAAGAACUUCAUGAUGGCUAACAACAGCCUCACAGGUUGUAUUCCUCCUUGUUUUGGGAAUAUGAGCUCUCUCGAAUACUUGGAUCUUUCCAACAAUCACAUGUCUUGUGAACUGCUUGAGCAUAAUUUGCCAACAGUAGGCUCCUCGUUGUGGUCCUUAAAGCUGUCCAAUAACAAUUUCAAAGGGCGAUUACCACUCUCUGUGUUCAACAUGACUAGCCUAGAGUACCUCUUUCUCGAUGGAAACAAAUUUGCAGGACAAGUAUCGGGUACCUUUUCUCUUGCAUCAUCAUUUUCGUGGUUUGAUAUCAGUAACAAUCUUUUGUCAGGCAUGCUUCCAAGGGGAAUUGGGAACUCUUCAAUAUACCGCUUUCAGGCAAUUGAUUUGUCCAGAAAUCAUUUUGAAGGUACCAUUCCAAAAGAAUAUUUCAAUUCUUAUUGGCUUGAAUUUUUAGAUCUUUCUGAAAACAAUCUGUCUGGGUCUUUGCCGUUGGGCUUCCUUGCACCACAUUUACGCCAUGUCCACCUAUACGGAAAUCGAUUGACCGGUCCACUGCCAAAUGCUUUUUAUAACAUCUCUUCUUUGGUGACAUUAGAUCUCGGCUAUAACAACUUAACUGGGCCAAUUCCAAACUGGAUUGCUAGCCUUUCGGAAUUGAGUAUUCUUCUUCUGAAAUCUAAUCAAUUCAAUGGGGAACUUCCUGUUCAGUUAUGCUUGUUAAGGAAAUUAAGCAUAUUGGAUCUUUCAGAAAAUAAUUUUUCUGGUCUGUUACCCUCAUGUUUGAGCAAUUUAGAUUUUACGGAAUCAUAUGAAAAAACUUUGGUUCACACUAGUACGGAGUCACGAGAUGAUGGAAGCCGGAAAGAAAUAUUUGCAUCCAUAGGGGGAAGAGAAUUGGGGAACGAAGGUUUUUAUCUUUUUGAUAAAAUUUUGUGGCCAGAGAUCAGUGUAAAAAUAUCCGUAGAGCUUACAUCAAAGAAAAAUUUCUACACUUACGAAGGCGAUAUCCUUCGUUACAUGUCUGUUAUGGAUCUUUCUUGUAACAGAUUCACUGGAGAAAUCCCGACAGAGUGGGGAAACUUAAGUGGGAUAUAUGCUCUAAAUCUGUCACAAAAUAAUUUUAAUGGAUUGAUCCCUCCAUCUUUCUCCAAUCUGAAGCAGAUAGAAAGCUUGGAUCUUUCUCACAACAACUUGAAUGGGAGAAUUCCUGCACAACUCGUUGAACUGACCUUUCUAGCAGUUUUCAACGUGUCGUACAAUAAAUUGUCAGGAAGAACACCGGAGAUGAAAAAUCAAUUUGCUACCUUUGAUGAGAGCAGUUAUAAAGGGAAUCCUCUUCUUUGUGGACCUCCAUUGCAAAACAGUUGCGACAAAACAGAAUCACCAUCCGCGAGAGUGCCUAACGAUUCCAAUGGAGAUGGUGGCUUCAUAGACAUGUACAGUUUCUAUGCCAGCUUCGGUGUGUGUUACAUAAUUGUGGUGUUGACAAUUGCAGCAGUACUGUGCAUAAAUCCGGAUUGGCGACGCAGGUGGUUUUACUUCAUUGAAGAAUGCAUCGACACUUGCUACUGCCUUUUGGCUAUUAACUUUCGCAAGUUGUCCAGAUUCAGAAGGUGAUUGGUUCUUAUCAUGAGCGUGUGGGCUGCUUUCUGAAUUUGUUGUCAUCCUCUGUGGGGAAGUAGUCGCAUGGCUGCGGGCGUUGGUGGCCCAAAUCAAUGGUUGCUCAUAGCUUGGCCUUUCUGUUUUCCUAUGAGAAGUGUUCCGUCUGGUUCUCGUAGCUUGGCCUUUCUGUUUUGAUGUGAGUUGUGUUUGUCCUUGUGCUUGUAUCCAUAAUUGUUUGUUUCUUGGUUAUGUCUUAUUAUGCUUUGUUCUGUCUUGUUAUGUUGUGUUGACCUUCAUUUUCUGUUGUUUCUUUGGCCUCUGUCUUGAUAUUUUAUUUUAAAAAUUAAUUUGGAGUGCUCAGAGGCUACUAGAAAGGAGAAACGAUGGCGGCGGAGGUGGUUUCUCUUAUUCCUGUUGUUUAUUUGGCCUGUAGGCUCUUUUGGUUAGCUAACAUACAUUGGAAUCAUGCAUAUUUAAUGAAAUUAAUCAGACAUUCUCUA